CGUAGCCCUCCGGGGGCCCGUCCUCGUACCUCUUCCGGGGCCCGUCGACCACGGCGUGGCAAAUAUUCAUAGAAUAUAACCUGAAAAAUAUAAUUAAAUAAUAGGUAUAAUUGAUAUUAUUUAUUAAUAAAUUAUUUAUACUUACGCAGUUAGUAAUGUGGAUUGGCAUCUAUCCAACUCUGAAAUGAAAAUGGGGAAUGGCGCCCAUUCAGUGUUGGAAAUUGGCCAACACAUGUGACUGUUGAGCUUUAACAUUGUGCUGUUAAGCGCCUGUUAAGCAUGUACAAAUUUCAAGACAUGUUACCAUUUUGGAACUAUUAUCUUAUUUUUCUUAUCUCCUGCAUUUGGCGGGCUCUUCGCCUUGGAAGAGGGGUCAUAAGGAGAAAGUGGAUCUGAAUCUGUGUGUGUGUGUGUAUGGGGAUAUGCGCUGUUUGCAACAGUAGUCAUUAUUUUAUUGUCAUUUGUAUUUUGCGGGCUCUUCGUUUUUGAAGAGGGGUCAGCGGGGGAAUUUUUUUGGUUGGCCAUAAUUGUGUCGUACACAAUCACACAUGAAUCUUCCGAUGAAAGUACAUCUUGAAAUCACAUCUCUACCUACGCCUACCAUCUCUACUAUAACAACGCGUGGGUGACGCCGGAAAAAAUUGCAAAAAGCCGUUACAGGAACAUGGAGGCACGCUUCGUGGAUGUCGUCGGGUUGUUUUCAUGGCCGCGUUUGGCCGGCGUCGCUGGAUUUCCUGGAAGCGUCAUCAAUGGAUUGGAAGUGGACGCCCGGCCAACGCACAUACACAUGGCUGCGUGCAACAUCAGAGAGACGUCAGCGUCGGCAACAUUGGCAGCAGCGUCACAUGGAUUGGCGUCGACGUCGGCAGAGGGCAUUGCUUCAGAGGGACGUCGGAGACAGCUGCUCACAUAGGGCCACGCCGAUUCCAUGAAAUUUGGAUAUGGAAACGCAGCGGCGGAGGCAUGGCCAGCAGCAGGAGGUGCGGGCAGAUUCAAAGUGGAUCCGUGGAAAGACAUGAUUCCAUCGAAUCGUUGGGAUCGAUUUUAAUAGAACAAUAGCCUGAUUAGUAACAAUCCGAGUCGUCCGAGCUAUCGCAGGGGUAUAAGAUAAUAAAUUCGGCUGGUGCUGAAGAGCCCAUCGACGCUGCUGCUGCUGAAAAAUUGGACUUGAUAGCCACCAAUGGCGGCAUAUGUUUAGCCGGUGUUUCUUUUAAUUCUUUUAAUUUUUUCUUUUAAUUACUCUCUAUUUUUUUAAUAUUUUAUUUGGCAGCAUUGGCCGAAUUUGCAGGGUCGGCAGUAGGGAUGUGAAAAAUUUAUCAAAAUAUCAAUAUAUCGAUAUUUUUUGAAUAAAAAUAAAUAUUUAUAUCGUGAUAAUUUUUUACGCGAUUUAUCGAAUAUCGUUAUUUUUUUCAAAUAUAUUUUUGAUAUCCACUAAUUGGUCACACUGAGCUAAAACACGAGACGAACUACACGUAUGAAAAUGAGCGCGAAGGAUUUUUAUGGAGAAAUAAAAGACAAUUCUGCAAAAUGCAAUAUUUGCAGUAAACUAAUAAAAACAAGUGGUAACACAUCAAACUUGAUGUCCCAUUUGAGAAACAAGCACCAAGCUGCUUAUCUACACUGUGUAAAGAAACCUACAAAAGUCGACGUACUGAAUAAAUCCAUUGAGCAGAUUUCUAUUGAGAACGCGUUCAAGAUUGCGUCGACUUCCACCGAAAAAAAUAAAGAAAUAACGGAUGCGAUCGUUUAUAUGGUAUGCAAGGACAAUUUGCCAGUCCGUAGCGUGGAAAAAGAGGGACUGGCUAAUUUAUUAAACAUAUGUGUUCCAAAAUAUAACAUUCCAAGUCGGUUCAAGAUAACUGAACUUAUAGAAGAACGCUACGACAGCUGUGUAGCCAAAAUGAGGAGCAUGUUCCAAGACGUCAACGAAUUUGCCUUUACUUGUGAUGGGGUUACGAUUACAAACUCUACACGGUCGUACCUCACAAUAACUGCCCAUUUUGUAAGAAACAAUUGCCUCCAAGCAGUUUGUUUACAAGCAGUUCGAAUGAAACAGUGUUUUUGUCUGUGUAUUCUUUAUGUAUUUCUCGUUAGAGGCGUUUACUGUGUUCUGUUGUCUACGUUUUAUAUGUAUCAUGUAUGUAAGUAUGGCAUAUUGCUAUUUUUUGUAAGCAAUUUAAAGAAAAUCUAAUCUAAC